AUGAAACAUGACGAUGGAUUAUCGUAUACUAUUGUCGAUGGAUCUAUGGCAGAGGUUAUUAUACCAUAUAGGGACUUAGAGGAUGCGUAUGCUAAUGAAGGUCCCAUUGAUAUGGAGGAAGCUCUUCGAUUAGAUGUGGAAGAUAUUGAAAAGGAAUUAAAUAGUAGUGACAUGGUAGUUGAUGAUGGAAGUGAUAUAACCAAUGGAGAUAUAGCAGAUCAUUAUUUUGCCAAUGCAAACGAUGCAUAUGAAUUUUAUAACAAUUAUGCUCGGAAGAUGGGAUUUAGUGUUCGGAAAUCUAAAGUGGAGAGGUCAAAGAAACGGAAAGAAGGAAUGGACGAGGAGGGGGAUAUCUUGUCUCGCAUGUAUGUUUGUAGUAGGGAAGGUUUUAAGGAUUGCAAAGAUAGAAGACAAGAAGGGAGAGAUGUUACUUGUCGAGUUGAUAGUAGAGUUGGUUGCCCUGCUCGUCUGCGGGUAAAAUCAGUUGAAGGGGGCUUGGUUGUUGACCAAUUUAUUUCAGGCCACAACCCUAGCCUCGUGGCACCCGCUGAAAUUUAUUGGCUUCGAUCACAUCAAUGGCUCUCAGACUUGGUUGUACAGAUUGCAACCACUCUAGAUGAUUGUGGUAUUGGACCGACAACUAUUUAUGAGGUUGUGAAAUCUAUGUCUGGUGGGGCCUCCAAGGUAGGUUUGCCAGAGUUGGCAUUUAAGAAUUUUAUGAAGAGGCAAAAUUAG